AUGUUGGAACACCCCCAGCGGUUUGUGCGCAACAUCCCCGACUCCUCAGCCAGCAGCAGCAGCUCGCAUCAUCAGUAUCCGCCACAGCUGCCGCAGCAUCAGAAUCUGAACCAGAAUCAGAUCUACCAGUACCGUCCCCAGGUGCCAGUGCCAGGCUCGCCUGCCCACCAUCAGCGGCACUCGUCGCUCUCCCAGCAACAGCAACAGCAGCAGCUGCACCACCGCACCCUGUCCACCGCCUCCACGUGCAGUGCCCAGCACAAAAGUGUGACCUUCGGCCAGCCAGCGCUUGACUGCGGCAACGGCAGCGGAAGCGGAAGCGGUAGUGGUAGCGGAAACUCCUCCAGUGGCAGUGCCGCAGGAAACGCUGGAACCCAACCAAUGGCGGGCAACAUGAAGCACGGCAAAUCUCAGGAAGACGUGUGCUAUGUGGUAGCCAAGUAUGACUAUGCGGCGCAGGGUGCUCAAGAGCUGGAUCUGCGCAAGAACGAGCGCUACCUGCUCCUGGACGACUCGAAGCACUGGUGGCGCGUCCAGAAUAGCCGCAAUCAGUCCGGCUAUGUGCCCAGCAACUACGUGAAGAAGGAGAAGCCCUCGCUCUUCGACAGCAUUAAGAAGAAGGUGAAAAAGGGUUCUUCAGGAUCAAAGACUUUGCCCAAUUGCUCGCCGUCGCGCCAAGUCGAGAGUCCAACCAUGUCACGGCGCCUGCCACCGGAUCCCGCCGAUGCCAUUGGCACUGCGGUCGUCAAGUACAACUAUCAGGCCCAACAACCAGACGAGCUCUCGCUGACCAAGGGCACGCGGAUACUCAUCCUAGAGAAGUCCAACGAUGGCUGGUGGCGCGGACAGAGUGGCAAUUCGGUGGGCUGGUUCCCCAGCAACUACACAACGGAGGAUUGUGAUAACGAUGGCGAGAUCCAUACCUAUGCCAUGGCCGAGAAUGUGCUCGAUAUUGUGGUGGCUCUAUACAGCUUCACGUCAAACAAUGACCAAGAGCUGUCAUUCGAGAAGGGCGAUCGCUUGGAGAUUGUGGAUCGGCCCGCCUCCGAUCCGGACUGGUACAAAGCUCGCAAUAACCAGGGCCAAGUCGGUUUAGUUCCACGCAAUUAUCUUCAAGAAUUGAACGAUUACCUGGCCACACCCUAUCGCAACACGAGUGCCGGUGGCAGUGCCGGAAAUGGUAAUGGUGGAGCCAGCAAUAACGGAGCUGGAGGAGGCGGCGGUGGCGGUAGCGACUCCAUGGAGCGACGCAAUGAGGGCAACAACAAGUCGUCGGCCCAAUCCUCCUCCGGCCAGCCCAUCGAGCGCCCCAACUUGGCGGGCAAGUCAUGGUACUACGGAGCAAUCACCAGGAGCCAAUGCGACACGGUGCUCAAUGGCCAUGGCCAUGAUGGCGACUUCCUCAUCAGAGAUAGUGAGACUAAUAUGGGCGACUAUUCGGUUUCGUUGAAGGCACCCGGACGCAACAAGCACUUCCGGGUGCACGUGGAGCAGAACAUGUACUGCAUCGGACAGCGCAAGUUCCAUUCGCUGGAUCAGCUGGUCGAUCAUUACCAAAGAGCGCCCAUUUACACAAACAAGCAGGGCGAGAAGCUGUACUUGGUGCGAUCGCUGCCUAAGGCCAAUGGAACGUAAGCAGCAUCACUAGGAUCAGUGCGGAAUCUCAGCAUCCACAGCAGCAUAAACACCCGUAUUCAGCAAACACACAAAGAUUAUACCAAGGCUAACUUGUAGGCAGCAGCUCAGCAGCGCGUAAGCGACGUGUAGUUCAAUAUAGUUCGGAUUCCGAUUCAGUUUGGCUUAGUUCGGAUUAGAUCAGACUCAGACCAGCGUGUGUGUAUAUAGAUCGGUUGGUUCUCGACCCCUCUUUUUGUACUUUUAUAUCAUUAAAAAUUAACUAAAUUACUAAAUUACCGCGCUUACUUAUCCGCAUUGGCUAUGUUAAACGUUAAACGAGUCAAGAAUAACCAAGAUUCGAUGUCAACACGCAAUACAUUUACAUAUUUACAUAUACCA